UUUCCGAUUUUUUCUCCCUCGCGGGGUCUUUCCACACACCCGCCGUGCUAUAGAUAGACAAAGUUUAACACAGCGGAGCUGCCAAUUCCAUCCCUCUGUUGCAAAGAGGAAAAGGGAAGAGGAGAUAUGACGGAGUACGAUGAUCGCAGCUGCGCGUCAAAUAUGUUUUUACCAAGCUGUACUUAUUACGUUUCGACGCCCGAUUUUACAUCAGUCUCCUCCUUUUUACCACAGACCACGUCGUGUCAGAGAAAUUUCCCCUAUUCCCCCAACAUAGCCCAUCAAGUCCAACCUGUUCGAGAAGUCGCUUUCAGGGAUUAUGGACUGGACCAUCCCAAAUGGCACUACAGGGGCAAUUACGCGUCGUAUUACUCGACGGACGAGAUAAUGCACCGGGACUUGAUUCAGUCCUCCGGCGGCAGGGCGGAUGUGAUUUUCAAGAACGAGUCCCUGUACGGACACCGCGGGGGGACGAGCUCGUCGGGGAAUUUCUUCGCGGGUGUGGGUCGAAACGGUGUUCUUCCCCAGGGCUUCGACCAGUUUUUCGAUGCGCCGAACUCCGAGAAGCCCAACGCGGAGCUCCACGGACAAAAGACGGACUCUGCUCCUCCCGGGGACGAGCCCAACAACAUCAACAACAACCAUAACGACGACGACGACGACAGGGAGGCUUUAACCAAACUGGAAAAUGGUGAGGCGGCCGGGAGCGCCGACGAGGACUCGUCCUCCAACUGUGGCAACAAAAACAGCCGACAGAGUUCAUCAACCAAGUCCCGGAAGAAGAGGUGUCCCUACUCCAAAUACCAAAUCCGAGAACUUGAACGAGAGUUUUUCUUCAACGUGUACAUUAACAGGGAGAAGCGGCUCCAGCUGUCUAGGAUGUUGAACCUGACAGAUCGCCAAGUGAAAAUUUGGUUCCAGAACAGAAGAAUGAAGGAAAAAAAGCUGAAUCGCGACCGCCUACAGUAUUUCACCGGGAAUCCUUUAUUCUGAUAUAUGAGAUGAUCAGCGUCUCCCUUUCUGCCACACACACACACACACACACACACACACACACACACACACACACACACACACACACACACACACACACACACACACACACACACACACACACACACACACACACACAUAUGGAAGUGUUUCUUCAAGUUUGUUUUAAAAAAUGGUAAAACCAUUAGACUCUUAUAAAAACCCAGAUCCCAUUUUUGAAAACAAUCCCUUGCCUUUAUUUAAAAUGUGCUCAUAUCCAUUUUUUCGCUUCGUUGCCAAAUUUCAUCCAGUUGUGAGUUGUUGUGCUUUGAAAUAUUUAUAUGACUCAUGAACUUCUCCCGUGGACAUUUGUCAGACGCAUGUGCUGUAUGUGGUGUGAAAUAAAGUAGGCAGAACAAAUUAUCAACCGGUCACAUGAAGCUCCAUGCAAAGUAACAGAAGCUUCGGUGGGAAAUGUCCCUUAAAGAUUGAUAAGUGGAAAAAUUUGGCACUUGAAGGCUUGUAUGGUCCUGUUGUUUCCUCUGCUUUGAAACGCUGGAUUGUUUACUAAACCUUGAACCGUCUAGACAGCAUAAUAAAAGUAGCUGUAAAUGUCUAUAUAGGGGGCUAUUGGACUUUGGUGUCCCCCCUCCCCCCCAGACCACAUGAGGACAGUUUCUCCUUCCUGUUUUAAAGUACUUUAACUCCAGGCAUAAAGUUCUUGGACUGAUCCAGAGUUCUCUGCACAUUCCGUCCACAUUCAGCUCUUUAUUUCUUGACAGGAAAACAGUGGAAUAUAUUCUAACGCGGACCAUCAUCUGGAGGAUAAGUAUCUUUGAAGUUAAUCUCCUUUAAAAAAAAAAGGUAUAUAUAUAUAUUGUAACUUGGCCAGAUGUGUCUUUGGCGCUUGUGUUUUUGAAUCCGCUGCAGAGGGUUUGCGGAAUGCUCGUUUACGCCUAAUGACUGCAGGUGAAACGUUUCCAUCUUUGUGCAGCUCCGCUAUGCAGUAAACCUCAAUCUGGCUCCGUGGAAAGAGGGGUGGGGGGGAGAAAUUCAUAUGAAUGUCAAAGCUCACCUAUACUAGUCUGUUAAUAAAACAAAAACGUGGGACCGACUCGAUAAAUGCCUUGAUUCUGCACCUACAGCCGCUAUAUAGACAAUUCAUGUGAUGCCGCAGUUCGUUAUUUGCUCUUUGGGUCUGAACAGUUACCAUUAAAUGCAUUUUUGUUGUUUUUUUGUAUGUUUUAAAAAAUAAUAAUUUAAGUACGGGAAGAAUAUUGUUGUUUUUUAGUAAUUUACCCAAAAUGCCUUUAAGAACAAUGAGGCUUCAUACACCUCUCAGCUGGUUUGUCAUCUUGUUCUGCAGUAAAACUGCAUCCCUUCAUGCGUGGAGGUUUUCACGCUGAGUCGCAGUUUUUCCACUAGAGGGCAGACUUUCAACUCCAGCUGAUAGAAACGCAGUGUUGGACCAGUUUGCUGCAAAUGGAGCCCAGUCAGAGAAAGGAUAUCUUCUACGUUUAGGCCUAUCUGUUUCAAAAUGUUAAAAUCAAUUUAAUAUCAACUAAUUCAAUUUCAAAAUCAGUUAAUUCCUCCGAUUGAAUAUGUUGAAUUUCCACAUUUGAUUCCCCACAUUAAAAAACCCCCGCAGUCAUUGUUAAAUAUUAAUACAAAUGUGGGGAAGCCAUAGCAGCACAGGUUUCCCUUUCAAACACGAGCACAGUUGAAUCUUUUGAAUUACUCGUGCACGCGUCUUUCAACCUGAAAUCACACGUCCAUGUAUUUUCAUGAAGUUAGGGAAUCAAAUAAAUUAAAAUUCACUCUCAGUUAUUUUGCGUUAACGCUUUUCUUCCCCUAAAGGCCGUAAUACAGAAGUUAUGAUUCAUAAUGAUACGCUCACAAGCCAUAUAUGUGUACAUAAUUUUCAUCUUUAUUGUUUUUUUGUAUUCUGAUUCCGUAUUACUGUUGAUGGAUGAAUUAUCCUCUUUGCUUUCAAAGUUAAAAGGUACUCCUAAAGGGAAAAAGUGUUGCAGUAAUAAGCUUUUGAUAGAAACGAAUUGUAUCAAUUUUUAGUGCCUUUUCUUUUAUUAUUAUUGUUAUUAUUAUUAUUAUUUUUAUUAUUAUGAUUAUUAUGAUUAUUAUUAUUAUUACAUGGAUGGCAAUAAAACACUUGUUUACAUUUCUCAUUUUAGUUCAGGGCUUUCUUUAAGUCUGUACGUCGUUUGUAUGAUUCGCUGAUUUUACCUGACAAAUACAAUAUAUAUGUCCGUUUUUAUUUCACAGUAUGUAGAAAAUAUGUUAUCUUUGCAAAAUAAUCAUUAAAAAUCCUCAUUAAAUGUAAACCAUGGUGU